GAUGGCAUCUGGCUUCAACCUUCCAAUGAUCUCCUAUUUCUGCGCCAACCCUGAAGUGUCCGAUGUCAAACUGUUUCCCACUUUCGCCCGCACGAGGCCGUCCAACACACUCAUAUCUAGAUCCGUCGCAUCUCUCCUGCUCACUUUCGGUUGGAUGAAAGUAUCCUUUCUGUACUCCAUAGAUCCAGACAGCACCUUCAAAGAAAUAUCCAGAACCAUCGUCAGUGCCCUCGAUGAUGUCGGUAUUCAGAUCAAGUUCUUGGGAACAUGGUCCUAUAUAUAUCAUCAUGGAUACGGCGAGAAUCCGUUCGACAAGCUGGUCGAACAGUCAUACCAAGAGAGCAGGAUCUAUGUCAUCUUGGGCCACAAUUUCGAAUAUUUGGGAAUGAUGAUGAGCCUACAGAGGCGAGGACUUCUCGACAAAGGAGAGUAUUUCGUUGUGGGAGUGGACAUCGAACAAUACGAAAAUCAGAAUCCAAUGAAGUAUUUAAAAGGUUUGCUAAAGGACGAAAUAGAAGAAGACGCCAAAAAGGCUUUCCAAUCCUAUCUCGGAGUGGUGGCCUCACCUCCAAUUGGAUUCGAAGAUUUCGCCACCAAAGUGAACAAGUAUAUGCAGCUGCCACCUUUCAACUUUCCCAAUCCUGUCAGCAGCUUCGGCGGUAUGAAAAAAGUCCCGGCUGAAGGAGCGUAUUUGUACGAUGCUGUAUACGUGUACGCCAGAGCACUGAACGAAUGCCUCAUCAACAAGGAAGAUCCUUACGAUGGACGAGGAAUGAUGAAAUAUAUAUUUGGAAGGACUUAUUUCAGUGCCAUGGGUUAUAUGACAUACAUGGAUGAAAACGGAGACGCAGAAGGAAAUUACACUCUCAUAUCCAGACAAAAAGUGCCCGAAUAUCCUGGAGAAUAUGGGCUCUAUCCAGUGGGAGUAUUUCAACUUCCUGAAAACAAAUCUGCUCUCCCAAACCUGAAAUUCCUUGCAGAUAUCGAGUGGGUAGGUAACGGUCCUCCUGCAGAUGAGCCAGUCUGUGGAUUCCACGGAAAGAAAUGUGUCAUGUGGAAAGUGGCGAUUUUUGUAUCUGGAGUAACAGCGGCCGUAUUACUUCUGGCACUUUUAGUUACUUACAAGAAUUGGGCAUAUGAACAAGAACUGGACAGCCUUUUGUGGAAAAUAGAUUACAAAGAUAUCCAAAUAAAUGAACACACUCCUUCAACAAAUGCUAAUCGUGUGUCUAAGAACGUCCAUCCACUCAUUCGAACGAGUCAAGUUUCGUUGAGUUCCAAUGUGGAAGGGGACUUCCGAUACACUACCAUCUUCACAACGGUCGGCAUCUACAAGGGACGCAUGCUGGCGGUCAAGCGCUUCAAAAAGAAGAGCAUCGAUAUAACCCGAAAGAUGAAGAAAGAGCUGAAAGUAAUGCGUGAUCUACGGCAUGAUAAUCUUAAUCCAUUCGUCGGUGCUUGCGUAGAACCACCAAAUAUAAUUAUCAUCACUGAAUAUUGCUCAAGAGGUAGUCUGAGGGACAUCCUAGAAAAUGAGGAUGUUAAACUGGAUAAUAUGUUCAAUGCAUCUAUUAUUGGAGAUAUUGUCAGGGGCAUGACGUAUCUACACGAGAGUCCUCUCCGUUCCCAUGGCAACCUGAAAUCUUCCAAUUGUCUGGUGGACAGUAGGUGGGUGGUCAAAAUUUCGGACUUUGGACUGCAUGAACUGAAAUUUGGAGCCGACACUGGUGAUAAUGAAAUGGAUUUCGAGAAACAAUGUGAAAAACUCUUGUGGAAAGCUCCUGAAUUACUUCGAGACCCCUGCUCUCCUGCUAAUGGAACACAGAAAGGAGAUAUUUAUUCGUUCGGUAUUAUCUUAUAUGAAAUCAUAAGCCGAAAAGGUCCUUAUGGCCACAUAAGCAUGACGCCUUCAGAGAUUAUCAAGUGCGUGAUUAGAAAGGACCAUGAUCCACCCUUCAGACCGAAAGUGGCUAAACUAUGCGGAUCGUUCGACUGCGUCAUUUCCUGCAUGCAAGAAUGUUGGGCGGAGCAACCUGAAAGUCGACCCGAUUUCAAAACUAUCAACGCAAAACUCAGACCCAUGAGAAGAGGAAUGAAACCUAACAUAUUCGAUAACAUGCUAGCUAUGAUGGAAAAAUAUGCCAACAACUUGGAGGCUUUGGUGGAUGAGAGAACGGACCAAUUAAAUGAAGAAAAAAGGAAAACUGAUGCAUUGCUAUAUGAGAUGCUGCCAAAAUACGUCGCUGAUCAGCUGAAGAAAGGCCACAAAGUGGAGGCGGAAUCAUUUGAUAGCGUGACGAUAUAUUUCAGUGACAUUGUUGGGUUCACAAAAAUGGCAGCUCAGUGCAGUCCCCUAGAAGUAGUGGAUUUCCUAAAUGAUCUCUACACUUGCUUCGAUUCCAUCAUCGAAAAUUACGACGUCUACAAAGUAGAAACCAUCGGUGAUGCUUACAUGGUCGUCAGUGGAUUACCAAUCCCGAAUGGAGAUAAGCAUGCGGGAGAAAUCGCCUCCAUGGCACUGCAUCUCCUGGAGGCCAUCAAAAUGUUUUCUCUCCGACACAAACCUGAAGAAACUCUCAUGCUCAGAAUCGGAAUCCAUUCUGGUGCUGUUUGUGCUGGAGUAGUGGGUCGAAAGAUGCCUAGGUAUUGCUUAUUUGGAGAUACAGUGAAUACGGCGUCCAGGAUGGAGUCCACUGGCUUACCACUGCGCGUGCAUUGCAGCGAAUCUUGCAGAAAUCUUCUUGAGAAAUUAGGAGGUUAUGUACUUGAAGAAAGAGGUCUCAUUAAUAUCAAAGGUAAAGGAGAUAUGAAAACUUUCUGGCUAACAGGCCAAAUAGAUUCCUACAGAAUAAAGAAACUGCAAGAGCAAGAAAUGCCCCCAAAAUCCAACUCAAAUCAACCCGUUACAAGAUCUUCUCUGAAACAGCCCAACAAGCUAGCCAGCUCUAAAUCUAUCUGCAGGAGACUAUCUCUCGACUCUCCGAAGAAUCUUUGAAAUAUUUUGCAUGGAAACGGUGUUUCUGCUGUCACGUCCAUUUCUGUGAUUUUUGAAAGAGUUUUACGGUCUCUUUUCAGCAGUAAAAUUAUUCUAUUUUAAUUCCUAAAGAAUUUCGUACGAAAGACCAUCGUAGAUUUAGAAGAAAAAAACGUAUGAAAAUCAUAUGAAGUAUGGACUUUAUUUUUCUUUAGAAUUAUCGUUUUCAUUCACAUUAUCAUUUCCAUUCUGAAUAGAAAAUCUCCUGCAGAAUUAAAGA